AUGCCACGCUCAUCUGCCGCGAGUAGGAAGAACCAGAGCAAUCGGCACGAUAAUGGCCUUGUCGGUCCCGGCAAGAAAGUGACCAAGCAGAAAUCCUCCGGCCAUCUGAACGGCUCGCCCAGCAACGGCUCUGCCCCCGGCUCGGCCACCGUUCCCAUCGAUCUGUCCGCCACCCGUUCGACCAGUGAUACCGCGAUCACCUCGCCAACACUUGUGACAAAAGGGCCGGAUGAUGCCAAGCCAGAUGGCAAUGUGCGUGGGAUGUUAAACGGACACAGCAGAGGCGGAGACAUGGAUUGCAGCCAGACCAACGGUGCCUCGUCGCAAAACGGCGGCAUCGCCGGCUCGGCUUCUCGCAAUGGCGUCUCCAAACGAUCGGGUUCAAGCUCGUCAAUCAAUCCGCUUCAGUUCGCGUCCACCAUCCUCAAGUCGUGCCCCAUGUACGACACCAUCGCCAUCUUGAUUUUUCUGCUUCAACUCCCUCCAAUGGUCUUAACCCUCGUCCAAUUUUUGUUCGCCUCCCUCACCUUCAUGCCCCCGAGUGGUGCCGCCGCCGGUUCUCUGUCGUCGAAUUUCGAUAUCUUUCAGGGCCCUGCCGGAACCCCCUCCCUGGGGACGAUGAUCGCCAUGGAUGGUUUCUGCGUUCUCUUCUGGGGCCUCUUUAUGUGGAACUGGGCUCAAAACUUUGCAAUUGAUCUAGCCCACGUUCAAGUCGCCAUCACGCUCGGCGGCGGAGGCUCUGGGAAGAACGGCGGGGUCAAUGGCCUGUGUGUGGGGAUUGUUCUGCUUCUUCAUAUCGUGCGCAGCAAAGGUAUACAGGAAUUUGUGAUAGGUCACCUCGCAUCCGCCAAACUCGUCAGCCCUGAUAUUCUUUCUCAAUUUUCAAAUCUUUUACCCGCCGAAUUCCGACGUUCCGCAUCACAAUCAUCUCCGAGUUGGCUAAGGAGCCUUCUCGCUCACAGGCCGGGACUGCGAUGGCGAGACGGUCCAUGGCUAAGAAUCGGUCCCGCCCCACCGAAGGGUGGGAAACGUGGGGAUACUGAGGCCUCCGCCGGAUCGCAAGCCCAGCAGGAUUCAGCUCUAGAGUCCGCUGCCAGUCUUUCAUCUUCUCUCGUCGGACCCGAUGGUCAAUUUCUCAAGGAUGGCAAAGAUCGGCUUACUUCAGCUAAAAAACGCAGGAGGCAAGCCAAUCAAGUCCGAAGCCGUCAACCAUUCUGGGCCGCCCUCGCUAGCACCAAGGUCACCGUCAUGCGGGAGUACGAGCACUCGCGAGCGUCUUCGAAAACCACCCGCGGUCUCACAAUGACUGAGGACGAUCUCCAAGGCGUCUCUCUCGAUGAUGGAUUAGUAUGGAUCACAGAUGUGGACAGUGCUACGAUAAAGUUCGCUGCUGGUGAUCUCGUCGAUGAUACCGCAGUGCCAAGUCCUUGUGGAAAUGGUCAAUUAGAUGGCGAUAUGGAACCUUUUUAUGUGUGCGUCAAUGGGGCGCUUUGGGCAACUGCUACGAUUUGCAAGGUCUCGGAAUCCUCCAAUGGCCCGAGUAUGGUUCAAUGGCGGGGCGAGAUCUCCGGACUCGCUCCCAACUGUGCAUAUACUUGCUCUUUUGUCCGCAGCGAUACCGACGAGGGAAAUAUUGUCAAAACUCCUACGGCGGCUGAUACAGAGCAAGGUGAGUUUACACAGCAUGAUUCUCCUAUAAUUGUCCAAAGUCUAACAAACAUAGUAGCUGUUUCUGUAGUUCCCGCGCCUCCGCAGCCGCCUUACCGACCCUCAUCCCCGACGACGACGCUCAAAAACUCCAUCAUCAAUGCCGAAGCCAAAUUAAACGAAAAGCGCUCCCGACUCAAAAAAACCAAGAACGACCACAAGCUUCUCAUCUCUAAAAUUCGGAAGGAACUGGACAAUUUCAACAACCGUCUUCAGAGUGGAACGGACGAAAAUCGCCAAAAGCAGCGUUCGCUCCAACUCGAGCGGAACAUUCGACAAACGGAGGAGGCAACCUCGGCCUUAGAGGUGCAGUUGGAUAAUAUGGAAAAUGUUCCCGAAGAAGAACUCGAAGAGUGGUCUACACACAAGACCGAAUUUGAGCGACAACUGGACCGAUUCAACGCGAUAAAGGAAGAACUCACCGAGGCUCGUCUUGCUGCCGCUCAACAGGUGUCGUCUGUGGAGCAAGAGCUCAACCUGGUCAUUCAGAAACGCGAGCGUCUUCAAGGCCGCCGUACCCGAGUCAACGAACAGUACGAGCGCAUCAUCUCCGCCAACGCCCAGGGACUAAAUGAAAGAGAACGUCGUGCGGCUGAACAAUUCGCCCGGGAACAAGAUCAUGCCAAAUUAGAGCUCAAUUUCCAGGAACAGUUUAAUAGCAUAAGCCAAUCUGUUCAGGACUUCCAGCUACGCACCAGUCAGCUUUGGCAGCAAGCCUCCGCUAUCGAACAAACGAUUCAGCAGCAACAGCAGCAGAUGCUCCUGGACUCUGGCCCCCUCACUCCCGAGGGCAAUCUGCCAGGCACGAAUCCUUUGUCCGAAACGCACAAUUCGUCUCUGAACUUGUCGACUACUUCCGCUCCGAAUGGCCGGGCGUUACUAGCCCUCAGCUUCCCUCCAGCCAAAUCUAGCCCACUGCAUAGCUCGUCUCCUGUCCACGCCAACUCGUCAAAUCCAACCAGCCCAACGUACGAUGCUUUCAUGCCCCAUUUCCCGACCUCUUCGCCUGGCAACGGUGCCUCAUAUUUCGCUUCCGAUACCAACCGAGAUCGUUCGUUCUCUAACCGCUCAACCCGUAGCAGCCAGUAUGGCUCCGAGUAUUUCGAUGCUCAGCGGAUGCCUCCCCUCCAGCUCGAGCUGGCCGAACUGCUUUCCGAAAAGCAACGUUCCGCGUCGAAUGAAAAUGGCUUUCUUCAGGGCGGUCGCCCUUCUCUAAGUCCUUUUCAGCGAGCUGCGAGUCGAGGCAGUGGGGCUGAUAGCGGGAGCGGUGGUACCAGAAGUGGAAGUGGCAGCCCAGGGUCGGCCCGAGAUUGA